AUAUCCCAGGCGUAUCUGGAGGCUCUUCCAGCCAUGCGAGCUAUAGCUAGGACACAUCGAUGCGCGCUCGAUGUCUCCCUGGACUCCGACUCGGACUUGAUCACGAAGGUCAUGGCUGCCUUGGUACCGUCUAGCAGAGAGAAUGCUCAUAUAGCAUGUCUGAAGGUUGCGGCAGACCAACGCCUAGCUGAGGAGCUCAUUCCCACAGAAGGCCAGCGAGAGAUGUUCAAUCAUC